CUGCCUCAGCUCAGUGGUAAUCAGCUGCUGCGCUGUAAAUGGAGAAGUCUUCACCCUCGACAGAGGGCGGAAUAAGGAGCACCCAGUUCUUUAGUAAUAAAAAAACAAGAAGCCCUUAGAGCAGGAAAUCAGAGAGGGGACAAAGUCUGGGAAAGAUAUACUACUGUUGGCCCUGCCCACAGCACACUUUUGGCUGAGGAAACCUGCAGAGCCUGUCUGAGCCUGUCAGCGACAGCAGGUUUCGUGGAGACAGACCUGUACUCUGCAAUGGCUCUGUUGACCCUGCAUAGGCUCCCAUCCAUCUCCACCGCUCCAGAUGAAAGCCUCCAAAGAAGAGGGAGACUUCAGAAAAGGGAGAGCUUUGCCCUCGUGAAGGGGGCUGUCCUCCUGCUGGAAGAGGGCGAGAGGCCGGGCCUUGAUGAGGAGACUUCUCCUUCUCCACCUUCUCCUGAGAAGGAAGGCGGCAAAGCUCAAGACAUGCGGCACAGACACAUUCACGCCAUGAUUGAACAGCUCCGACCAGAAGAUACUAUCAAGCUGGCGGUGCAGUUGGAGUCCAUCAGUUCGGUCAGAGUCAGGUAUCUGAUCGUUGUCUCCACCCUCAGCAACAAACAAGAGAGCAUCCUGCUGGGCAUGGAUUUCCCCAGCUCAGACAGCGAUCACUGCACCAUCGGCCUGGUGCUGCCAGUUUGGAGCGACACACAGGUGUACCUGGACGGGGACGGUGGUUUUAGCGUGACAACAGCAGAAGAGACCAGAAUUUUUAAACCUAUUUCCAUGCAGACCAUGUGGUCAGUGCUGCAGGCGUUGCACGGCUGCUGCGAGCGGGCGGUCAAGGCGGCAGUGAUCCCAGGCAAUGGCCUGGAGUGGGCCCAGCACUACCACCAGCACACUGAGUCAGACCGCUACUGCCUCAACGAGUGGGAGGCCAUGAAUGACCUGGAGUCAGUCCGCAGGGACAGUAGUGGACAGAGCACCGCAGACAGAAUUUCCAAUGAGGCGCUGAUUAAAGAGCACCUGAGAGACAUCAUGAGGACUGAAGACCUGGACAGCCUCACAUCUAAGAUGGUUCACUCUGCCCUGGAGACCAGGAUGGGCUUCGACAUGAGACCCUUCAAGGAGUACAUUGACAAUGAGAUCCUGGUCACCCUGGCUCAGAUGGACAAACCCUCCAAAAUAUUUGACUACCUUUACCUGGGCUCUGAGUGGAACGCAGCUAACUUUGAAGAGCUGCAGAAAAACAAUGUGGGCUAUAUUCUGAAUGUGACGAGAGAGAUCGACAACUUUUUCCCAGAGUCCUUCACUUAUAUGAACAUCAGAGUGUACGAUGUGGAAGCCACUGAUCUGCUCCCUUACUGGACAGACACUUUCCAGUUCAUCAACACUGCAAGGAAGAGUGGACAGGCGGUGUUGGUGCACUGCAAGAUGGGUGUUUCUCGCUCUGCAUCCACGGUGAUCGCCUACGCCAUGAAGCAGCAGCGCUGGCCUCUGGAUGUGGCGUUGUCCUAUGUUAGGGAGUGCCGGUCCAUCGUCAAGCCCAACGAAGGCUUCAUGAAGCAGCUGCAGACCUACAACGGCAUUCUCAACGCAAGCCAGCAGCGUCACAGCGCACUCUGGAGGCGAAAGUCAAGAGACCAAAGACAAAAGUCAAUACGCAAGGAGGAGGGAGGGGAAGAAAAAAAGCCAGUGGAGGCAGAAGAGGAGGAAGAAGAAGAGGAGGAAGAGGAGGAUGACGGACUUGAAGGUUCUGAGCAGGGUGACGAGGAGGAUGCAGAUAGUCUAGAUGAAAAAGAUAUAGGUAGCCCAGAUGAGAGAGAUGAUGCAGAGGUGUUUGAAGAGCCCGCCCCCCCGUCUGAGACCAACCAGGGGCCUGGGCAGACAGGGCCAGCUGGUGUCACUCCUGUUAUCACAGUAAAUGAACCAGAAAAGGUCGCUCCGAGUGUUAAUCGCAGCGGCAGGAUGAACCUCUUCUCCCUCAUGCAGUCCAUCAGUGAUGAGGAUAGAGGGCGUGAACAGCUGCCUGGGAGUCCGCGGCGGAGACGUAGCCUAGGACGACGGAGUCUCAUUCACCAGAACGCAUGUGUGGAUGUUUCACCUGAACCACGAAGCCUGCCGGACGUUGGUCAAAGCAAUCCCUAAAGUGAUCAAGGAGGCAGAAGAGCAGGGAGUUACAGGGGAGGGAGGCGGACCCAUAAAGGAGGCAAACAAAUCCUGAAAACACCAGAAGGAAAGUGUGCACUGGUAAUAUGCCAAGGUUUUUAUACACUGAUACGCUCUGGCUUUAUAUUUUAGAUCACUGAAAGUUUUAAUUUAUGUUUUACUGCAUAUCUCUGCUCAUGAUUAUUGAAGCUGAUGUUCACUGCUGAUAAAAGGAUUUGUGCUGUAGUAUUAACACACCAGUGAAAGCCAGGAUAUCUGAAGUCAUUAUCAGUGUACACUGUUGUAUUAUGGUUUUUUCAGCAUUUUAAAAACAUAUCCGACCACAUACAGACGUACCAGUCCCUCCCUCCAUGUAGCGCCCCCUGCUCCCUCUUCCCUUCUUCAGCUUUCACAUCACCACUUGAGAUAUCUAUGCAAUUACUGUCCUCCUUUCUUUCCCUCUGUAAAUACGAGGCUGUAUGCUGCCAACACCAGGUAGACAGUUUUAAAUGUCUUUCAUAUUUUCACAAGACGUUCAUUGUUGUAAGACGGGAGGAUCUCACUGUAUCUAAGCUGUGCAUCAUGAACCAAGUCAGGGCCAGUUUUAUGGCAAAAGCCUGUUUGCCAAACAAUGUUCUCCAAUGUGCCAAUGAAUGACUAUAUUAAAUCUAAAAUCUUUAUCAUGUCAGUAUGUUAAGAACCAAUGUAACCCACUCUAUUUUUAUUCACCUUACUUAAACACCAGGGCUGUAUGAGUGCCUUCACCCUGAGAAUGAAAUACGACUCUAUGACUGGUGUUUUUAAAUGUUUUUAUUACGAGGUGAUGGCUGCGUAUUGUAUGAAUCUUGUACUGUUCCUCUGAUUGCAGUAUAAAUAUGACUUCCCAAAGUUUUGCAUGUAUGCAUAACACAGAAGUAUAUAUGUAUCCACACAUUAUGCUGAUGACCCGGGUGCAUGUUAUGUGUUUUUAUACCAACAUGUGAGAACAAAGUGUUCAGGGUUUUCUCAUGUAUUUAUAUUGACAUUUAAUGGAUUGAGGUAAAUUAUUCAGAAUACCGUUUUCACACUUCUGAUCACUGGAUGCUGAUAUGGAAUAUUUUUUAUUUCAUGCUGGUGUUACCAGUGACCCAAGCUAAAGCUUCAUUUAACCUGCAUGCUCACUGUUAAAGAAAACAUGCACUUUAUAAUCCCACGACACACACAGUUCGCACUGCCUGAGCCAACGUCACACUGUACUAUGAAUAAAAUGAUCAUUUAUUAUUUUUAAAUCUCGUCCACAUCUUGUUGUGUUAAGCUCUCUGCUGUCUGCACCUCACUCGUUUACGACAAGCACUAUGAGUGGAAAAAUAAACGAUCAUACUCAAAGCAAA